AUAAAGAGAGUUAACAUAGCUAUGGCAUGUGCAACACUUAAACGCGCCUUGGAUUGGGAGUCGCUGAAUCAGCGGCCCACGAAACGUCGUCGCUGCAAUCCUUUCGGACAAUCUGGCAGUAAUUCGCCAUCGCGUAACGGCAACAGCAACAAUAAUGAUGCAGCUAGCAGCAGCGGCAGCUCGACAACGCCCAGCAAUCGCUUUGCCAAGGACAGCAAUGAGCCAAGUCCAUUCUCCGAGUCUGCCUUAUCUAAGAUGUCGCCAGACAAAAUGGCCGAGAAUUUGUGCAAUGAAAUCAAAAGACUGCACAAACGCAAACAAUUGCCGAUUACAUCCAGUGCCCUAGAGCGAAUGCAGGACUCGGAAUCGAGCGGCUCUGAAAUGGGACCGGAGAGUCCGCAUCGGCCGGACAGCCCGCCGAGUCACUUGAUGAUGCGCCAUCAUGGAGAGAAGGCAUUGUUCACAUUCAAACAGGUGCAGCUUAUAUGUGAGGGCAUGAUCAAGGAGAGAGAGGAUCAACUGCGCGAACGUUACGAAUCGGUGCUGACCACCAAAUUGGCUGAGCAAUAUGAUGCGUUUGUCAAAUUCACAUACGAUCAGAUCCAGCGUCGUUACGAAGCAGCGCCCAGCUAUUUGUCGUAAGGCUGCCCAAAUUCUCACUACGAUCUUAUGUGGCGGUUUUUCCAGCCGGCGCGACAGCAACAGCAAAUGCUAAAA